GACGACCGCUUCUCAUAAUGCAGAGGUGUCCGGACUAAAGCGAAGUCUGGAACGGGCCAAAGAAGAACUUGGCCGCGUGAAGAAGCAGUUGGCGGACAAGCAAGGUAUGUCGAAACCGUUUGCUCAGUUGAGCACGAAUUAGUAGUUGUGCCGGAUGAAAACAUUUGUAUUGUAUGCUCUAGAAGCGAGUGCCGAAACUGAGGCACUAAAGAAGGUUGUGGCCGAAGCCGACAAGAAGGCCGCCGCCGAGCAGGCUCUUCGCGAGAAACACGAGGCCAGGGUCAUUGAAGCUGAGCGAGAGCUCCAGGAGGCCGUGAAGAAAAGCGAGGCCUUGGAGCAGAGUCUAGCAGGGAAAGAGUCUGAACUCGCCCAAGUUGUCCAAGCCGCAGAUGAUGCUCGGGCGGAAGCCCGAGGUGCACUAAAGGACAUUCAGGAGGCACGGAAGGUUGCGGCUGGGGCGUUUGCGGACCUGCCGCGCAACAUAUCUGAUGCUGCCUAAUUCUAUCGGGCUGAGGAGAAGAAGUCUACGGAGAAGCAUUUCUGGUCACAGUAUUUGGCGCCAAAUUAUUCGGUGCCCUUUAUCGAUCAGCUAAAGCAGCUGGUCGAACUGCACUAG